AGGCUUCAGCAGGACACAGAGACGGAGAAUAGGUCAUCAGGCAGUCUCCUUAUGUCAGGCCGAAACGGUUCUGCAAGUGAUGCAGACUGUCGGAUUUCUGAGGACUGCCGCGUCCCAGACGUGGAACUGAUGGAGUUGGGACCUCUGCUAGAGGAGGGGGGGCGGCAGUCUGGCAACAAAGGCAUGCUGUCAGAGGGAGCCUCUGUGCUUGCUGAUGACGAGGAGGAGGAUGAUGAGGUGGGAGAGGUCCUGACAUUGCCCCUUCAGGCUCACCAUGCCAUGGAAAAGAUGGAGGAAUUUGUACACAAAGUGUGGGAGGGGCGCUGGAGGGUCAUUCCUUUUCAUGUCCUGCCGGAGUGGCUGAAGGACAAUGACUACCUCCUCCAUGGACACCGACCCCCCAUGCCCUCCUUCCGGGCAUGCUUUGGAAGCAUCUUCAGGAUUCAUACAGAGACUGGAAAUAUCUGGACUCAUCUUCUAGGGCUGAUCUUGUUUAUUUGUCUGGGUACGCUCACCAUGCUACGGCCCAACAUGUACUUCAUGGCCCCCCUGCAGGAGAAGGUGGUUUUUGGGAUGUUUUUCCUGGGGGCAGUGCUCUGUCUCAGCUUCUCCUGGCUUUUUCACACCGUCUACUGCCAUUCCGAGAAAGUGUCUCGCACCUUCUCUAAGCUUGACUACUCAGGCAUUGCCCUUCUGAUCAUGGGCUCCUUUGUGCCCUGGCUCUACUAUUCCUUCUACUGUUCCCCUCAACCACGACUCAUCUACCUCACCAUUGUCUGUGUGUUGGGCAUUGCUGCCAUCAUUGUGGCUCAGUGGGACCGCUUCUCAACCCCCCGGCACAGGCCCACACGAGCAGGAGUGUUUAUGGGUCUUGGAUUGAGUGGCAUUGUCCCUACCAUGCACUUUACCAUUGAGGAGGGCUUUGUAAAAGCCACCACAGUUGGCCAGAUGGGCUGGUUCUAUUUGAUGGGGGCCAUGUACAUUACUGGGGCUGGACUGUAUGCUGCCAGGAUUCCUGAACGUUACUUCCCUGGCAAGUGUGACAUCUGGUUCCAUUCCCAUCAGAUUUUUCAUGUGUUGGUGGUGGCGGCCGCCUUCAUUCACUUUUAUGGAGUCUCCAACCUCCAAGAGUUCCGAUAUGGCCUGGAGGGAGGCUGCACAGAUGAUACCCUCCUCUGAGAGGCCUGACCAUGUCCCCCUCGGUCUUUCCAUGUUUGAAGCCCCUUUCCUAUACCCCCAAAAACUGCUGCUGGAACUCAAUAUGGUCACUUAUUGGUCUUCUCCACUCCUCUCCUUAUUUUUUCAUGUCAUACUUGGUUGAUGGUGAUGUUUUGGCUCGUUUUACCCUCAUUAAAGUAGCAUUAGACACUGAACUAAGGAGUGGAAUCGCAGUGUUGCAGCACCACUUUUUGUAAUUAUCUAGGGGUACUCCCUUCAUUUUAGCUCAUGAAGAACAAUAUGGGAAUUUGGCCAGAUUAAAAGUUCUUAAAGCCCAUUUUCAAGAGGCAAAUUGUAGAUCUUCCUAAAUCAAGCUGUUAAAAGAUUGUAAUUAACAUGAUGCAGGUUGAGUUUGACUCACUUUUAUUCAAGGAACUGGGUUAACAGACCCAAACGGCAACAUAAAACUACUUGAAUAAAAUGUCUGUCCAAUAUAAUUGAGAUACAAUCAAACCAUAUCUACUUGCUAGAUUACAGUAAAUAUUUGUCAACAUUCUUAAUUUGAUAUUUCACUCAGAAUUGACAGCAUUAUUUUUAGACCUUUACUUUGAUUUACUAGUUUAAAUAUCAAAUAAUAUACAUUUUGAAUGAACUUUCUCUGUGACUACGAGACUUGGUGUUUGUACCGUAUGUCUUCAUCCCUUUUCAAUCAAACUAAAUCUUACAGGAUCGAUUGCUGGAAUGAAACUGUCUGGGCAACGCACAAUGGGGGAAAUCUGGGAAAAGGUCAAUGUUACCUUCUCAUCUUGAGAUCUGUUUCUUUAAAACUUAUAUUUCUGGAUGCUAUGAAAACAUAAAAGGUCAAAUGCACCUUAGCAGUAUAUAUUAUAAUAAUUUAAACUGUAAACCAUGCAACUGCAUGGAACCCACCAUGCAGAACAUAUAUGAAAUUAUCUUUAGUAUUCCUGUGCCUUAGGCCACUGGAAAUAGUUUUGAAAUAGAUGGGCCAAUAUUACAGUCAAGUGAACUUAAUUUGGAUCUCAAGAUAUAGUUACCUUUUCGUUUGCUUUUCCAUAUAUCCAAUCAGAAUUUUGAACUCCAUCAAUAGGUUUUUUCAAACUGCUGUUUAAGACUUAUUUUUUUAAAGCCGACUUAUUGCGGCUUUAUUACAAAGACUAAGCAAUCUCUGUAUUCUUGACUUUGUGUUGUGUCCUGUGUAGAAAAGUGAUGAAUCAUACAUUUGAAAUGUAAACACAUAAUAAAUAUUUAUUAAUGCUAAAAUUGAAACCAAUUGAAA